GUUGUGUAGCGGGGCGGAGCGCCACGUCGGCAGCGUUGAGCCAGGAGUCGUGGAGCAGGCGAGAGGGUCGGUGCCACGGGGGCAUCAGCGUUACCCCUCACCCCCUCCCACUGAUCUGAGGAGCUGAACGUCGUCCGGUGCGGGGGCAGAGCAGAGGGCAGACGAGCAGUGAGCAACCCAAGAAUGGUGAAGGAGCGGAGGAUCUGCACGAAGAACCCCGUGUAGUUUGGAGAGAGGGAGAGAAGGUGUUUGCCACUUGCACGGUGCUAACACGAGAUACAACCCUGAUCAAAAUCUCCUUGCACAGACCUUCAGGAUCGAGGAUGUUCUGCCUCCACUCUGGCUGAGGAGGCCACCUCAGAACCAGCAGGCUCCGCCACAGGUUGUGAACGGCGCAGAAAUGAACCGAUCACCAUCCCAAAGCACCAAGGAGGAAAAUGUUCUGGAGGGUGAACCAGAAGUUCCCGACUCUUCAAAGGAUCAUCCCAAGACAGAAGGCGGAAUGAUUUGGAAAGUCACUGGCGGUCUCUACAACAUCACCAAGGGAGCCGUCGGUGCCACAGUAGGAGGCGUGGUGUGGCUGGGUGGCAAGGGGCUGUCGGCAACCAAGACGGCUGUUACCUCUGUGCCAGCGGUUGGCGUGGGACUGGUGAAAGGUGGCAUGUCCGCCGUGGCGGGAGGUGUCUCGACAGUGGGCUCCACCGUGGCCAGCAAAGUACCUUUCACUGCCAAGAAGAAGGACAAAUCUGACUAAGGACUAUAUGGCAGAGAGCCUAAAAUGGACACAUGUCACUUGGACUCUUGCCAGACCUGUUGAGUGGAGGGAGGGGGGGUGGGGAUACGGAUUUGCUACAUUUCACCUUUGGUCUGAGGGGUUGUGAUUUGGACCUUUUUUGAAUCCAUCAGCUUCAUGCACACUGGGUCUUAUUUGCUAUGUGUUGGUCUAUCUGAGCAGAGGCGUAAAGAGGAGCAUCAGUGUGGAUUGCCAAGGGAGCUGCCUGACUCUCUAUCAGUUGCGCGAGAGAAGCUUGGAUCUUUUCAAGAGGGGGAGAUGGAAAGGGGAGAGAGCUCUGGCCAUUGGCAGCUUGGGAGAUGACAGCUCCCCCUCUCAAAUCCCCCUGGUGCACACACAAUUGUCAUCCAGAAUUGGAGGGAUUCCUGGGUGUGAGUGAGAGGGAUCCAGAGCACUCAUCGCUGGGGCACACGAGAUGCUCUGCACCAAUAACCCAGGCUGAGAGCCCACUGCAGAAGUCCUAACAUUGUUUGAGGAUGAACAGCCCUGCUUAAAUAGCUGCGCCUUUCCUCUGCGGCUGGGCUGAUCCUUCCGUCCAUGACAAGUCCCAACGAGGAAUUAGUUUUCCAAAUGAGUGUCAGUGACUGUCCUCUUGUUUUCUGUCUUUGCUCACUUUUACUGAGAAGAUCCAGUAAACCAGAGCAGGCCCCUGUUCUUUGAUGAGGCGUCAGUGCCUCUGUCCCAUUUCCACAGUCAAUGCAUCCACUUUUGUUUUAGUUUUAGUGACUAUUAUGAGUGAGGCUGUUGGCAGUGGGGAAUGGGGCGCUUUCCAUUUCAAGUACUCCUGUCUGUAGCUCGGUUGAACACUACGCGCAACUGAAAGAGAAGCAGAUCCUGGCUCUCCUCAGUUGGAAUCUCUUGAGUCCUAUUUUUGAAAAGGCCCAUUAGCUAGGUGAAGGGCACUCUGUUCGUUGCCACAACAAAAACUGGGACCCGACCUUCAGAGGCCAAUCCUGCGGUGUUAUGCCGUGGGUCAAUAGGUCUGUUCACUGCCCAGUCUGGUUGUGAAUGAUAACUGCCUAACCAGCUCAGCUGGUCAGGGGUGGGUUUUGCAGACAGAGCAGGCAUCAUAAUAGAGCCCAGAAUGUUGGGUUUCAGCACUUCCUCCUCCACUUCUGAAGUUGGGACUAGUUUUGGUAACAUCAGAACACUCUGAGCCAUUCAAUCUCUCCAAUGCAGCUGAAAGGUAAGCAGGAAUUGGGAUUUGUAUUUACAAUGUCAAGCUUUUGUGUGGAAAGCUAAGGAAAAAGAUUUUUUUUAAAUCUGAUGUUGUCAGGAAAGGUAAGUUGCCAAGUUACCUCGUGGUUCCUGAUCAUGAGAAUGUCCAUCUGUUAGGUUUGCCCUCUCUGGUGGGACCAUACUUUGGAAGGUCUUCUCAAAUGACUUCUCUUUCCAGCUACCUGAACCCUAUCGGUUGUUCAUUCAUGGGCCCUGCAAUUGCCCCCAGUGCUCUGGACUCCUACCCCAAAUGCAGUUUUACCAGUUCCAGUGCCCCCAUUGCAUCCUGAAUCCAUUGACAAUUGUGAAAGGGCAGAGAACGUUCUUGGUUUUUUUCUCCCAGAUGGUCCAGGAGAUCGGUCAUUAACCGAGAUAAUCUAGGAGGUGUGUGUUAAAGCGAGUGAUCCACACUUGACAAUCCGACUGUUGCCUUGAUGCUCUACUUCCCCUCCCAUGUCUGAGUGUGGGCCGUGCCUUGACAGGGAGCCUGCAAGGUUGCAUCCCUGCUACCUUACAGAACUGCUUCAAAUUAUGAGGUGCAUACCUUGUUGUGAUCUAGUUUGUAAUUAAAAAUGAGUUGUAACUGAAUAAAUUUGAGAUGUUCUUAUUACAUGAAAUCUGGGAUCUUUGGCACUGUUUAAUGUUCAGCUUUUUUUUCUGUGAGCAGCAGUGGUCUUAAACUCCCCCCACCAUACUCAUGGGACUGCAGCUAUAGAGACUGCACCAAUAUUGUCACCUAACCACCUCAGACCUUGUACUGGGCAUGGAUGAUGUAUCAUACUGUAGCUUUAUAGUGUGUCCCCCUGGGACUCCCUACUCAACAGGCCUGGUGUCAGUGGACUGCCGCCUAUGCUGAGCCCAAAACAAGAUUAAGCUGAAAAAAUGGACUUCAGGGGCGGGGUGGGGGGGGGGGGGGGGGAAGCAUGUUGUGUUCAGUUUACAUUUUAAAAGACUUCUGGACACCUUGCCCUUAAAGCCCAGCAUACCUUCCCUGACACCAGCUGGGUUUUGGGCAGCUGUGCACGUUGGAGCUGAGGUCUGUACCCAUCAUCAGGCUGCCUGCCUGUGUACUGAGUUAACGCUGGAUGGACGAUGCAUAGUCAGAGCCUAAGGUGUACUCGGCAGAGCUGUGCCCAGUCUCUGACCGGGUGUGCUACUGUCUUGUAUACCAGCUCGUGGAAAGAGGCCACAUUUUGAUAGCGGUUUGUAUGUGUCUAUACAUAGAAACACUUUUUAUCAGUAUUGUAUUUUACACCUUUCAGUGAAUAAAUAUAUUUAGCAGA